AUGGAUCCUGAAUUGCGUAAACUUGCACAAAAAGGAAUGAAUCCUGAAUUGUACGCAGCUGCACAGUUAGGUGAUUGGGCUGUAAUUAGAAGAUUCUCAGGCAAGUUCCUGGCUCUGAAGACUCCAAAAGGAAACACUGUCCUUCACGUAUUAGCCCAGUCCUGUGAUUCUGCAGAUGCUGUCCGACAUAUCCUUGCACGAAAUUGCUGUUUGCUAAUGGCAAAGAGUGCUUGUGGUGAGACUGCACUUCAUUUGGCCGCAAGAAAAGGGCAUUCUGGCAUUGUUCGAGCACUUAUUGAUUACAGUAAACAGAACAAAGGAUGUUGGUUUUGCGCCUGUUUUGUCGACAGAUGCAAGAGGAUGCUGAGGAUGGCUAAUGUGGAAGGAAACACAGCUUUACACGAGGCAGUUAAGAACAACUUCUAUGAGGUUGCUAAGUUUUUGGUUCAAGAAGAUCCUGAGUUCCGAUAUCGCCCGAAUCAUGCUGUGGAGACUCCUCUAUAUCUCGCUGUUGAGAAGGGAUAUCGGGAUAUUGCGGAUCUGAUUUUGACGACUUGCAAGUCACCAGCUUAUCUUGGCCCCGGUCACAAAACCGCCCUUCACGCUGCAGCAAUAUGGAAUUUACCAGAACUCGUGGAGCUGAUUUUGGAAAAGCUGCCUAAUCUUAUCAAAAAGGUGGAUAAAUUUGGAUGGACUGCACUUCACUAUGCUGCUAAACUCAAUCAUCCUGCUAAACUCAAUCAUGAAGAUGUGGUAAGGCUAUUAUUAUCUGCUGAGAGGUCUACGGCUUAUGUUGCUGCCCGCAAUGACGACUCCAAGACUGCUCUACAUAUAGCGGUCAUUCAUGGACAUGUUGCUGUGGUGCAAGAGCUGUUAUCCCAUUGCCCAGAUUGUUGGGAGAUAUAUACUAAUAGACGUCAGAAUAUCCUUCACCUUGCAGUAAAAUAUGAACAAAGAGAAGUGCUUGAAUUCGUCCUGAAAAAUUCUUGGGCUUCUGAACUCAUCAAUCAAAGGGAUAAUACAGGAAAUACCCCUCUCCACCUCUAUGUUGCUACCAAAAACUUAGAUGGGAGUAGCCUUGUCAAACACCAUUCUGUCGAUGUCAAUUCUUUUGACUAUUCGAACUCCACGCCUUUAGACAGAAUAUUACGGGCAGAUGAACUUUCACAAAGACAGGUGGGUACUACAGUGACGGUCCGCACAAAAGGCAUGGCAGUUCUAAGCAAGAAAGCAGCUUUUAUUACAUUUGUUAUUUCAGAUUCCUUGGCAAUGUUUACCUCCAUAGAUGCAGUGCUUGGACUUAUCAGGCUCUUUCAGACAAAAAACUACCGGCUUAAGUUGUUUAUUGUCCGGGUAACUCGGGAACGAAUUUUUGCGGCUGUGAUGUCAAUGAUGAUAGCAUUUCUCACUGGCUUGUACGCAGUGCUACCAAAUUUGGCUGUCAUGAUCGUGCCGUUUGCCCUCGCUGCUUGGCUUGGCCAUGUCAUAUGGUUCACCUUUUUGCGAAAAUACGAGGACAGGAAAUGUUUCUAUACAACUAGAUUUAAGCAUAGCGAAGCUGACUAUUUCGUAACUCACCCUCUACGUCUAUAUAAACGAUAUCGUCAGGAUUUGACCGAAGCCGAGGACUAG